ACUCCACCAUGAUGAAUGGCUUCAUGUAUGGGAACAUCUUUGAAGAGGAGGAAAGAUUUCAGAGACAGGCUAUUUUCCCAAAGCUACUCUGCCAGAAUGCUGAAGAUUUCUCCUUUUCUAGCACGUCCUUCAACCGAGAUGCUGUGAAAGCAGGGACAGGACGGCGCUUUCUUGGUGGGUUAUUGGAUGACACUUCUUACUGCUACACUCUGGAAGUCUCGUUCUACAGUUACAUCGUUGGAGGAGCUACGUCUACCGUCCCGUAUACAGAGGAAGCAUAUAUGAAGCUAGGGAGGAAUGUGGCCCGGACCUUCUUGGAUUACUACAGGCUGAGCAGCAUAGUGGAGAGACCGCUGGCACCCAUUCCCAACACACGGAAAGAAAAACUGCCCCCGUUCAAAGGUGCUGCCCAGCGCGGUCCCGGGAAUAACCACGCAGGCAGCAAGCUGGAGAAGAGAAGCCAGACCAGUCUCAAGGAUGAUUCCCACUCCUCGUAAAAGCUGAGAGAGGAAGACUUUUCGUCCGGCCGAGGAAAAGGAGUUGGCUCAGCUCCCCUGGGGUUUGAGCUGAUAAGAUUUCUCUUUGUUUCUCCCCAGACAAGUAUUUCUAAAAUAACAAAUAGUCUGGAGGGGAGGGGGGAAAUUAGCUAGAAAUUUUACUAUCGAUUUUCUUUUUACUGAUGGCAAAUCAAUUCCAGCCCUUUUUGCUCAUCUCUGGAAAAAAGAGAACGGAUAGAUUAAAAAAGAAAUCAUUUUUUUUGCGGCCAAGAAAGCCGUUAGUUAACAGAAAAAAGGGGGGGGGGAGGGGAGACCAUAAAAACCCUUUUGCUCUCCUUAAAGGGGCCAUCCAUCGACAGAGCAAACAGUUCAAAAUUCCUUGAUACGCUGUGCGCUUCCUCCCAUGUUAGUGGCAAAUUCUCACGUCUUUAUGCCGGUUGCAUGUGCUGUUCCAGUUAUCUCGCUUUUUGUGUUUGCAGGUUAUGACUUAUGGGCAGAGGGCAGGGAUGGGCUUAUGUGCUCCUCCAUGGGUCUGUGUUCAUUUCUUGCCUGGUUAGAGCUUUCCAUGAGCUCCCUUAAGGAGCUGUUAUACAGAUAAUUAUUCAGAGAGACAGACGCAUGCCUGUGUGACUGCCAUCGCCCAUACAGCUAGCGUAGCUGUUACAAGCUCUUGUUUUUGUGCCUCCACAAGACUGCAGCAAGCGUGCCCUCGCUUGCAGUUCAUGCAAGACCUGCAUGCCAGGCUUAGACCCCUCCAGGUUGGUGCCCAGCAAGGCCGGGCUCUUGCCUAGUCCUGCCUGCAGGUCAGUAGGCGGCAUGGGUUGGCUUCCCACUUGUGUCUCCUUAAAGGCUUCCCACAAGGGGCUCCCACUUGUGUCUCCUUAAAUCCCUGCCUCCUCCUCUUAACACUCCCUUGGCAAAGCCAGGUGAGACUCAGCUUCUGGGGCAGGUUUCACCGGGGAUGCUAUCUGCCAUGGGCAGCCUCCUCCCUGGCUUACAGAACCAAUGCAACGUUCAACCCACGUUCCUAGUGAAACUGGAGUUCAAACACGAGGGAAAGACCUGAUCUACCAGGCCGCUUAACUUUACUGUUCCCUUGUGUGAUUGCUUCUUGCUUGACCCAAACCACCCAACCUCUCCAGCACCGGAGAGGAUGGGACCUGAUUUGCAGCUGCUGAUCUUGGCCAGGCCAAUUGUCAGACGUGGUUGUAGGCAAAAUUUAAAGAGACCUUGGUUAUAUUUACACAGGUAGCAGCCAGGAAUCUAGAAGUGGACCCUGUGUUUUGCUUCCUCUUUGCCGACUUGCCCUCCAGCCCAUUGGGAGGCAUAGAGGUAGUGUAGACAGCUCUAUGCAACCUGAGGAUUUCCAUCUUGGAGGGAGAGGCCUUGGCUGCCCCCUGAGAGCAGCUUUCCACUUGCUUUGCGCUGAUGAGCAAACACAGUGGCAGCUGAGGAUCGGCCUUGCAAUCCCACGGCUCCAGUUCAGUGCCCACCGAUGUGUAUUUUGCUGUGUCUGGAGAUACAGAGGGAUUGACUGUGAACCUGUUGUGCCAUCGCUUAAAGCUAGGCAGUCUCCCAAAGCAAUAGGAGUCUGUGGGAACAAGCAAGGGGCAGAACUUGGCCCUGCCUGUCUCUCACAAUGGACCAAAUGCCAAGAAAGCAACAAAUACUCUUUGACAACAUCUGUGUGUUUACAGUCUAUCAACCUGAUUCUUUCUUUCUUCCUUUUUUUUUUUCCAUCUCUGGGAAGGGGUGAAAUGGGAGAAGAAGAAACAAGCUGAAAACAGGCAAGGGUGACCCAGGGGAAGGAAAAUGAUAAAAACAAACUCAAUAUUGUCAGCAUUUCAAGGUUAUGGGGUUAAACUGUGUGCAUUUUUAAGAAGAGAAAAGUGCCUUAAUAUGAUGAAUACCAAUGCACCGAAAAGGCACAGUGCUGGCUUCCUGUCUCUAUAAGCAGAGUAAUGAAUAGCGGUGACAGCAUGAUAAUUAAAAUGACCUCUUGGAGAUAUGGAUUAGAAGGCAUGCAGAAGGGGGAUAGCUUGUCCUUUGAAUUAAUCUAAUGUUAAUUUAUGACUGUAGUUGGGUUUUAUAAGGUUUUAGUGGAAGAUUUUCAAAGUUGGUUUAUUUGGGGGGAGAAAAUGUUCCUUUUGAAUAUUGAUUGAAAGAAAACACUUGCAGAACUCUGUUAUUUCUUUGCAAACAGUUUCUUGUAAUUGCAGAGUUUGCAGGUCGUCUUCUACUCGGUAGAGGAUCUGUCUACUCUAGGA